AUGCCAGUGCGAGAAACAGGCCUAGUCCUAGAAGUACGCCGUGACUUUGGCCGCAUUCUUAGUCCAACGAAUUUUUCGAUGCCAAAUAUUCACAUUUACUUCUCGCUUUCGACAUUUGUCAAUGAUUCCAUGCUGAGCACAAUUACCGAUAACUUGGCUGAUUUAUUCCAAUGUAAUGGGGGGAUGGGUCGGCCAAUGCUCAGUGGUCUGUAUCGUGUAAAUCGUAGACAGAAUAAUUUUGCUCACCAAAAUCAGCCUCAUCCAGAUCCGGAUUACUUCCAGUGUAAUGGGGGGAUGGGUCGGCCAAUGCUCAGUGGUCUCUAUCGUGUAAAUCGUAGACAGAAUAAUUUUGCUCACCAAAAUCAGCCUCAUCCAGCUCCUAUGCCAGUGCGAGAAACAGGCCUGGUCCUAGAAGUACGCCGAGACUUUGGCCGCGUUCUUAGUCCAACGAAUUUUUCGAUGCCAAAUAUUCACAUUUACUUCUCGCUUGCGACAUUUGUCAAUGAUUCAAUGCUGAGCACAAUUACCGAUAACUUGGCUGAUUUAUUCCAAGUGGAGAUAGAAUUUGAACGCAGCCCCGUUUCACGGGAUACGAGGGGAUUUGUACAUACGAUAUUCACAUGCACAUCGAUCAAACCUGCCGCUGAAAUUGGCCUUGAACCUGAAUUAGUUCCAAUGAUAGUGAUCCAAAACAAUGGUGAGAUCCCGUUGGCGCUAAUGAUGAACCAUGAACUGGUGGCACUGCCACGCCAGAUUUUCCCGGUGGAGGAAGUCGCCUCGGCAUUUAUAACAAAGAAGUGCAGUGCCACUGCUGAGGCAAGCUUUCAUCGCUUUUCUUUAUUGGCCACUAUGGAAUGGCCAGAAUUCGCUGCAGUUGGGCACUCAGUUGAAGGCCGCGUCCUGAAUGCACCACCGUGGAUGCACGAAUGUACAAAUUUGGCGAUUAAGAAAAUUGCCCUAAGCAUUCAGCGAUUUGGCCGUGAUCGGGAAGGAUUUGCGAUUGUCAAAGAGCAUGUUGGCCAUGGCAUCGUCCUUACAGCGGUCGAUGAAGAGGAGAGGCGUAUCUGUGGCGAAUUGUUCUUCCCGUACGAAAUGGGAGGUGACAGAUCGCAUGUAGACUCAACAUGCUACUUCCGAGCGUGCUUGGAGCUGCCAAAUCGAAAAUACCGCUAUCGGAUUUACUCUCUGGAUGCCGUAGAAGAUGCGGUCGCAAAUGGCUUGCCUGGAAGAGAGCAACGUUUCAGCAGAGUAGCACGUCCUGCUGUACAUUGGUUUUAUUGGGAGUUUUUUCUGUGGAUUGUAUUGCGCGGCAUUUGCUAUAGGCAUUUGGGCCGUGAUUUAGCCAAUGUUGUGGCUGAAAUGCUUGAGGCUCAGGUUGGUACGCCAAGAGCUGUAGCGAAUCCGCCACCACCAGGCAUCUCAUCUGCUGAUGCGGAGCAACCGAAUCUAGACUUC